UCUAAAAUGGUUUUUUUUUUCAUUUAAGGUAGCUAGAAAUUGUAUGGAACCCCAGUGGAGAACGGUUACCGUUGCCUUGUAUGGACCAACCAACGUUACAAGAAUUAACGGAACACGGACAGAAAAUGGAACUCAAGGGAUCAGAUCUCCAGAAGUUCAUACGAGAUCAGCAAGCGCACUAUCGGGAGUUACGGGCUGCAGAAAGAGAUCGGGAAAAGGAAGCGAGGAAGUACGAGUUGAAGAAGCAGACGCUAGAGAUGGAUAGAAUUAAGAUGCAGGAAAAACAAGGUAAAGCGGAGCUUGAGAGUAAGUACCGUGCUACUAUAUUUCAUUUAGAGCAACAGUUGAAAGAGACAAAGGUUGAUAUUGUAAGUUCUUCAUCUGCUAAAAUUCCUGAGAUGCCAUUUUUUGACGAAGUUAAAGAUGACAUAGAUUCUUAUCUUCGGCGGUUCGAGCGAUAUGCAGAGGCGCAGAAGUGGAAACCAGAUACAUGGGCAGUCAAUCUCAACGCACUGUUACGUGGUCGAGCACACGAUGUCUAUGCUUUGCUGCCUCAGGAACAAGCUCUCAACUAUGAUGCUCUGAAAACAUCGCUGUUGAAACGAUUUGAGAGAAUAGAGGACGGAUUUCGUCAACGAUUUCGUAUGUGUUGA